AUGGAGCAGUUAGAGAAGAUUAAUUUUCGCUGCAAACCAACUUUCCGAGAAGGAGGCUCCAGAUCUCCGAGAGAAAACUUUGUCCGCCAUCACUGGGUGCACAGGAGGAGGCAGGAGGGGAAAUGUAAACAGUGUGGAAAGGGCUUUCAGCAGAAAUUCUCCUUCCAUAGUAAAGAGAUUGUGGCCAUCAGUUGUUCCUGGUGCAAGCUGGCGUUUCAUAACAAAGUCACCUGUUUCAUGCUACAUCACAUUGAGGAGCCAUGUUCCCUGGGGGCUCACGCUGCUGUUAUUGUGCCUCCCACCUGGAUCAUUAAGGUGAAGAAACCUCAGGUGGUCUCCAUACCAGGAGACGAGCCUGAUUGGGCAGGAGACUGGAGCCCCGAAGGGGAAACGGGCGUCUCCUACCCCUAUUGGGAGGGUUGGCAGAAUUCGUUAAAGACUUCAACACGGCGAAAGAAGAGAACAUCUUUUAAAAGAAAAGCCAGCAAAAGAGGCAAUGAAGAUAACAAAGGUCGGCCAUUUGUGAUAAAGCCUAUCUCCUCUCCGCUCAUGAAGCCGCUGCUGGUUUUUGUCAAUCCAAAAAGUGGAGGGAAUCAGGGCACAAAGGUUCUCCAAAUGUUUAUGUGGUAUUUGAAUCCACGCCAGGUCUUUGAUCUCUCUCAGGAAGGGCCAAGAGAUGCGCUGGAGCUGUAUAGAAAAGUGCCAAACCUGCGGAUCCUGGCCUGCGGUGGGGAUGGGACGGUGGGCUGGAUCCUCUCCAUCCUUGACGAGCUGCAACUCAGCCCCCCACCUCCUGUGGCUGUCCUUCCACUUGGCACUGGGAACGACCUUGCCCGCACUCUCAACUGGGGUGGGGGUUAUACAGAUGAGCCAGUGUCCAAGAUCCUGUGCCAUGUGGAAGAUGGGACCAUUGUCCAGCUGGACCGCUGGAAUCUUCAGGUUGAGCGCAACCCUGAUUUGCCACAGGAUGAGCUGGAGGAUGGGGCACGUAAGCUUCCUCUCAGUGUCUUCAAUAAUUACUUCAGCCUUGGAUUUGAUGCACAUGUUACACUGGAGUUCCAUGAAUCUAGAGAAGCAAAUCCAGAGAAAUUCAACAGCCGAUUUAGAAAUAAAAUGUUUUAUGCAGGGGCAGCCUUUACAGACUUUCUGCAAAGAAGCUCAAGAGAUUUAUCCAAGCAUGUUAAAGUUGUGUGUGAUGGUACAGACCUGACUCCAAAGAUCCAGGAGCUGAAGUUCCAGUGUAUAGUGUUUUUAAACAUACCCAGGUAUUGUGCUGGCACAAUGCCCUGGGGAAACCCUGGAGAUCACAGAGACUUUGAGCCUCAGCGCCAUGAUGAUGGCUACAUUGAAGUCAUUGGGUUCACCAUGGCCUCACUGGCUGCUCUCCAGGUGGGUGGUCAUGGAGAGAGGUUGCAUCAGUGCCGUGAGGUGACACUUUUAACAUACAAGUCUAUCCCCAUGCAAGUGGAUGGUGAACCAUGUCGAUUGGCUCCCUCACUCAUUCGGAUCUCCUUAAGGAACCAAGCCAACAUGGUGCAGAAGAGCAAGAGGAGAACAUCUAUGCCUUUGCUGAAUGAUCCUCAUUCCAUCCCAGAUCGCCUGCGGAUCAGAGUGAACAGGAUCAAUUUACAAGAAUACGAGGGGCUACAUUAUGACAAGGAGAAACUCCGGGAAGCUUCCAUUCCUCUUGGAAUUAUAGUUGUACGAGGAGACUGUGACUUGGAGACCUGUCGUAUGUACAUUGACCGUCUACAAGAGGACCUACAGUCAGUAACUUCUACUACACAGAGAGUUCAUUACCAGGACCAGGAAAGCUCUUUCCCCAGAGUACUUUCUGUUCAGAGGCUCUCUCCUAGAUGGUGCUUCCUAGAUGCAACUUCUGCUGAUCGUUUUUACCGCAUUGACAGAUCUCAGGAACAUUUGCACUUUGUGACGGAAAUUUCGCAGGACGAGAUUUUUAUUCUGGACCCAGAGAUGGUAAUGUCACAGCAGGUGGGGACGCCACCAGGAAUGCCUGAUCUGGUAGUGGAGCAGGCCUCUGGAAUAUCAGAUCGGUGGAACCCUGCCGUCCGAAAGAGGAUGCUGAGUGACAGCGGCCUUGGCAAGAUUUCCCCACACUACGAGGUACCUGACAAACAAAAGGACGCCAGCCAGACACACAUGCUGCAGUCACCGGUCUCUUCAGAAGAUCAAGCACUUUUACAGGCAGUCAUAGCUGGUGAUCUGCUGAAGUUCAUAGAAUGCUGUAAAAAAGGAGCCAAUUUGUUAAUCCAAGGACCUGAUCGCUGCUCCUUGUUGCACCAUGCUGCCAAAACAGGGCAUGGCGAGAUUGUGAAAUACAUCCUGGAACAUGGUCCACCUGAAUUACUGGACAUGACAGACAGCGAAACGGGUGAGACAGCAUUACAUAAGGCAGCCUGCCAGCGCCAUCGUGCCGUCUGCCAGCUCCUGGUGGAUGCAGGAGCCUCGCUGAGAAAGACAGACUCCAAGGGUAAGACCCCUCGUGACAGGGCUCAGCAAGCUGGUGACCCAGAUCUGGCUUCCUACCUGGAGAGUCGACAAAACUACCAAAUGGUUUCCCAUGAGGAUCUGGAGACAGCAGUCUGAAGCCUGAAAAUGUCAAAGAGGAUCCUUGGAAAUCGCAAACUGCACCUGAGGCACUCGGGCAUCGUGUGAGGAAGAAGCUGAUGGAAUCAACGUGUCUCUCGCUUUCGUGGAAAAUACUUGAGGACAUGCCACCAGUUUCUAAGGGCUACUGAGUCUUGCCACGGAACGGUUAGGUUCCAUAAGUUAGCCCAUGAUGGAUAAGGCGGGACACUCAAAGGUCUGUGGAAUCCAUGGGCCACGGAAACUUACCUUUAUUGCUUCCAGCAAGUAGCAUGAACUUCUCCCAUGUUCAUCUGUACAAUUUAUUUAAAAAAGAAAAGAAAAAAAAAGGAAAGAAAAAAGAGGGUGUGUGGGAGCCAAACGAACUGGGACAUUAAGACACCCAACCAAGUUUCCUGCAUUCCUUUCUUUCUUCCAUUCCCCUCACUUCUCGUCAGUUAAAUAGUACCUGUUAU